AUGAGGCCCCAUUCUACAUGCGUUGACAGCUGCCUCCCUGGACACAGCAAGAUAGUUCGAGAGGGGAACCCAGUUUGUUGCUAUGACUGUAUUCAAUGCCCAGAAGACAUGAUAUCUAACCAGACAGAUGCUGUUCAUUGUAUCAAGUGUCCAGAAGAAGAAUAUGCAAACGAAAACCAAAACCAAUGUAUCCCCAAACUUCAGACCUUCUUAACCUAUGAGGAGCCAUUGGGGAUCACUUUGGCUUCCCUUGCUAUUUCCUUUGCUGUGAUCACAGGUUUGGUGAUAUUGACAUUUAUAAAGAACUGGGAUACUCCAAUUGUCAAAGCCAACAACCGAAACCUCACCUGUAUUCUACUCACCUCCAUCCUCCUUUGCUACUUUUCUUCCCUUCUGUUCAUCGGCAAACCUAGGAAGGUAUCCUGCCUUCUCCGGCAGUUGGCUUUUGCUAUCAUUUUCUCUGUUGCAGUUUCUUGUGUCUUGGCAAAAACCAUCAUUGUGGUCCUGGCCUUCAUGGCCACCAAACCAGGCAACAGGAUGAGGAAACUGCUAGGGCAAAAAGUGGCAAACGCCAUUGUUCUUUCCUGCUCCCUCAUUCAAGUCUGCAUUUGCAUUGCAUGGUUCUCAGCCUCUCCUCCAUUCCCAGAUGUUGACAUGCACUCUCAGACAGGGAAGAUCAUAGUGGAAUGCAAUGAAGGCUACAUCCCCAUGUUCUACUGUGUCCUGGGCUACAUGGGCUUUCUGGCUUUCAUCAGCUUCACAGUAGCUUUUCUAGCCAGAAAACUGCCUGACGCUUUCAAUGAAGCCAAGUUUAUCACCUUCAGCAUGCUGGUGUUUUGCAGUGUUUGGGUCUCCUUCAUUCCUGCUUACCUGAGCACCAAAGGGAAAGAUGUCGUGGCUGUGGAAGUUUUUGCUAUCUUGGCCUCCAACACUGGAUUAUUGGGUUGCAUCUUUCUCCCAAAGUGUUACAUCAUCAUUCUAAGAGCUGAUCUCAACUCCAGAAAGCUCCUAAUCGAGAAAACGAAUUAG